AUGAGUGAACUCAUCUCAGCGCAGCAAGCGCUGCUUCAUUCGGUUGCUCGUUCAUUAGACAAUUUCAAAAAAAUCGGGAAGAACAAUUUGACAAGUGCAAAAAUCCGAUCGCGAGUUUCCACGCUAAAAGAAACCUGGUCCCAGUGCCUUCAAACUCACACAGCAUUAAUCCAUGCUAUUCCAGAAGCUAAAAGGGAAACCAUGGAUUACUUCAAAAAGCAGCAGCUCGAUGAUUACGAAGACAUUUACCAAAACACGCUGGACUACAUGGCCGAGUGUCUCGAGGCGAUCGAGCCGACGGCUAACGCAAACUCGUCGUUCGGCUCCGUAGUUAGUAAACGCGAUGAGUCGUUCUCAUUAUCUCACUUGCCGCCAAUUCUUAUUUCUCCGUUUUCCGGUAAGUGUGAAGACUGGGAAAGUUUUCGAGAUCGUUUCACGUCUCUUAUCAUCAUGAACAAAGACCUGUCAAAUUUUGCACGGAUGCAUUUUCUCGUUUCGAGCCUUACGGGUCGCGCUCUCGAAUCAAUAAAGAACACUCCAAUCACUGCAGACAACUUCGAAAUAGCAUGGAAAGCUCUAGUGUCUCGUUACGAAAAUAAACGUCGAUUAAUUGAAGUGCAUGUGUCUGCCCUAUAUAAUAUGCCGACAGUUUCUCGCGAAAACGCGUUUGAACUAAACGAAUUACGGGAUAAAGCGAAUCGAGCCCUCGCAUCGCUCAAAACAUUAAAUCGUACGCCCGCGGAGAUUCUAAGCGACAUGCUAGUCUACUGCGUUUCGCAAAAACUAGAUCAUUCAACGCGGAAAGCCUGGAAACUCAGAGGAAGUGACAAUAGUGAUAUUCCGACAUACGAAGAUUUGGAUCGUUUCAUCUCCUCUCGUGCGCGCGCUCUCGAAGAACUCACUCCUCUCAGCCUCACGAAGCCUACGCGAUCACAAAAGAUAAACAGCAAUACCGCCUCCGCUUCAUCGGCUGCGUCGUGUCCCGUUUGUAAGGGAUCUCAUUUUAUAAAUAAGUGCGCGCUCUUUAUUCAAAAGACUCCGACUCAGCGCUUAGAAAUAGUCAAACAGGCAAAACGUUGCGUAAAUUGCUUGAGUGCGAAGCAUGCUGUCCAAGCCUGUCCGAGCAAGUACUCUUGUCGCGCUUGUCAACGGAAGCAUCAUUCUAUGCUUCACUCCGAGUCCUCGCCGUCGGCAACCGAGACUGUUCUUCCUACGACAUCAAAGUCGACAUCGGAGAUAAUGACCGAUAAUGCCACGUCGUUGUUUUCUGCGUCAAGAUUACAAUCUCGCCCUUCCGUUCUUCUCGCAACCGCGCGCGUAAAAAUCGGAUCUCCUUCAGGUCGAACAGUUAUCGCUCGAGCUUUACUCGAUCAAGGAUCCGAAAUAACCUUUAUUACCGAACAAAUUGUCCAAACUCUAAAAUUGCGUCGUAUCAAACUACCUAUUUCAAUCUCCGCCGUCGGCGGAGUCGAUGCCGGUACCUGUCGUUUCGCGGCUCAAAUUAAAUUGUCUCCACGCGAUGCCUCCUAUCCGACUCUUACAAGCACCGCGUCAAUAAUGCACUCACUGACUAAAUACACGCCGCCGCUAAUAAGCUCAACGAGCGAUUGGAAUCAUUUAUCCGAUCUCACGCUCGCGGAUCCCGACCCUACCAGCCCCGAUCGCAUUGACCUUAUUAUCGGUGCGGAUCUAUAUAGCGAAUUAAUUGUAGACGGUGUGCGAAGAGGGGAUAAGGGGACACCGCUUGCGCAAAACACUAUUUUCGGAUGGAUACUCUCGGGACCGAUGUCCGGUAUUUCAUCACGCCGAUCCAUAUCCGUGCAACAUUGUGCAAAUGCGCUAUCUCUAGAAAGUGAACUGCGCAGAUUCUGGGAAAUUGAGGAAAUUCCUCAGCGUGCGAUCCUCAGCCCAGAAGAGCAGCAAUGUGAGGAACACUUUCUCACAACUCAUUCGCGUUGCGCCGACGGGCGAUACGUUGUCCGCCUUCCGUUCCGAAAAGGCCCUCCGAUCGACAUAGGUCAAUCGCGCAACACAGCCGAACGUCUCCUCAAGAGCGUACAUCGUCGGUUCAAAAGCAGCAACGAGUUAAAAUUAGAAUACACGAAAUUUCUGCACGAGUAUGAAGCCCUUGGACACAUGAGAGAGGUGACAAGUUCAAGAGCGUUUUCAACGCAGUGCGUAUACAUUCCGCAUCACCCGGUCAUUCGCGAGAGUAGCGUCACGACACGUUUGAGAGUCGUAUUUAACGCGUCUAGUAUAACGACGAACUCUACAUCAUUAAAUGACCAUUUACUUACUGGCCCAAAAUUGCAGACGGAUCUUUCAGCCGUCGUACUGCGGUGGCGACAAUUUCGUUAUGUUUACUCGGCCGACAUCGCAAAAAUGUAUCGCCAAAUUUCAGUCGACUCUCGCGACGUCGAUUAUCAGAGAAUAUUGUGGGCUGACAGCGAAACCGAAUGCGCCAAAGAGUAUCAAUUAACGACAGUAACGUACGGCACCGCGUCUGCUCCAUUUCUUGCUUUGCGCGUACUUCGGCAGCUCAUUCUCGACGAAGGCCAUUCGUUUCCGCUCGCGGUUCCGGUAUUACAGGAUAACAUAUACGUCGACGACGUUUUAUUCGGAGCGGACGAUAUUCCUCUCCUUCGACAAAUGCGAAGUCAAGUCUGUGCUUUGUUAAAAUGCGGACUCUUCGAAUUACGAAAAUGGUCGAGCAAUUCCGUCCACCUUCUCAAUGAUAUAGCAGUCGAGGAUCACGGAUUAGCAUGUAAUAAACCGUUGCAAUUCGAUGAGCAAUUAAAAAUUCUUGGCAUUAGCUGGAAUCCAGCAUCUGAUAUAUUUCGGUUCAAUGUGUCGUUUCCGAUUGUUGACGUCACCACUAAAAGAUCCAUUCUAUCAGCCAUUGCUAAAUUCUUCGACCCGUUAGGUUGGAGCACUCCAGUGACAAUUAAUGCCAAAAUAUUUUUGCAAAAAUUAUGGCAAUGUAAAUUAGAGUGGGACGAUCAACUCCCCCCUCCACUGCUAGAUCAAUGGAAUGUACUUCAAACAUCUUUAACUGAAGUCAACGGUCUUCAGCUUAAUCGGUGGAUUCAGCGAGGCUCUGACACCGUACAUUGCGAACUCCACGGUUUUUCCGACGCGUCGAACGCGGCGUACGCCGCUGCCGUUUACAUGCGUAUUAUAUCGCUCUCCGGCGAAAUCAAUGUAAAUUUAUUAAUGAGCAAAUCAAAGGUCGCCCCAGUAAAAACCUUAAGUAUUCCGCGACUAGAAUUAUCUGCGGCCUUAUUAAUGGCUCGAUUAAUUGAAUUUGUUCGUAAUUCCCUUCACAUUCCUGACGUGUCCUGCUACUGUUGGACUGAUUCAACUAUUGUGUUAGCAUGGGUAAAUCAACAUCCUUCCCGCUGGAAGACCUUUGUCUCAAACCGUGUGUCACAAAUCCAAACGCGAAUUCUAUCCGCAACAUGGCGACAUAUUUCGACUCACGAAAAUCCUGCCGACUGCGCAUCGCGAGGAAUCUCCGGUCAUUCGCUAGCAUCCCAUACUCUAUGGUGGCGCGGGCCCGAAUGGCUACUUAUGCCGUCUUCGGAAUGGCCGACUCAAACCGAUCCGCUGGUACACGAAACUGAGCUCGACCAAAAGUCUCACGUUCUCAGUCAUCUCAUGCGAUCGGUCGAACCCUGGGAUCUCGCCUCGCGAUAUUCCUCGUGGACAAAAUUGAUUCGCAUCACCGCGUAUGUAAUGCGGUACAUUCAUCGCUUGCGUCAUCCCAUUGUAUUACAUCAGAGAUUCAAAACCAAUUCAGCCGCAUUGACCGCUGACGAAUGCCAGAAAGCGAAAGAAUUCUGGCUAAAACGAAUUCAAGAAAAUGUUUUUCCGCUCGAGCGAGACGCGUUAUUAAAUAACAAAAAAAUCUCGUCAAGAAGCGCGCUUUUAACCCUCAAUCUGUUUAUUGGCGACGAUCAAUUAAUCCGCGUUGGCGGGCGGUUAUCUCACGCCUCCAUUCCAUUUACAGCAAAGCACCCGGUAAUCCUUUCUUCUCAUCCAUUGAUUAAAUUAAUCAUUCGGCAUGCUCAUUUACGAUCGCUCCAUGCUGGAACGCAAUUAACUCUUGCCACCUUACGACAGGAGUUCUGGAUUCUGCGCGCUCGAACUUUAAUAAAAUCAGUCAUUCAUCAAUGCGUAGCCUGUACUCGCGAAAAAGCCGUUCAUCCCGUGCAACUCAUGGGAAAUUUACCUUCCGUACGCGUUAACGCUCCCACUCGCGCGUUCUUGCAUUGCGGGUUGGAUUACGCCGGACCCGUGUCAAUUCGAGCAUUAUCCGGUCGCGGACGCUCUGCCACCAAGGCUUACAUCGCGCUAUUCGUUUGCAUGGCCUCCCGAGCCGUACAUCUCGAAGUCGUGGACGGUUACUCCACUUCUGCGUUUUUGGGAGCUUACGCGCGAUUCUGUGCAAGACGAGGACUUCCUGAGUCGAUCUACUCCGACAAUGGUACCACGUUUGUCGGAGCCGAUCGCGAACUCGCCGCUGCAUUUCGCGCAACGCUCCGAGAUCCGAAUCUAUUAAAUCGCACUGCUUCCGAGAAAGUUCAAUGGCAUUUUCUGCCGCCUUCAUCUCCUCACUUCGGCGGAUUGUGGGAGGCUGGAGUGCGGAGCGUAAAACAUCAUUUACGCCGGGUAAUGGGGACACACACUCUGACCUUUGAAGAGUUUACGACUCUCUUAUGCAAUAUUGAAGCGUGCCUUAACUCGCGACCGAUCGCACCGCUUCAUGACACGGUCGAAGAUUACGAGCCACUUACUCCCGGUCACUUCUUGAUCGGAUCCGCGUUAACUGCGAUUCCAGAACCUUCCGUUCUUGAAAUCAAAGAAAAUCGUCUGUCGCGAUGGCAAAUCGUUCGACAACUCACCGAGAGAUUUUGGAAACUUUGGCAACACGACUAUGUCAACACAUUGCAACAAAGAUUUAAAUGGAAUAAGCUCGCGCAAAAUGCUAUUCACGUCGGACAACUCGUUCUGCUUCAUAACCCUUUGCUACCGCCCUGCAAAUGGGAGUUAGGUCGCAUAAUACAAUGCCACGCUGGCCUAGAUGGAUUAGUCCGCGUCGUAACCGUCAAAACCGCGUCAUCCACGUAUAAGCGUCCAAUAGUCAAAAUAUGUUUAUUACCUAUCAAUGUCGACAAGUUAGAAACCACUGCGACGACAUGCAACGAUUAA